AUGCAUCCAACGAAUACUACAUCAUGUAAUUUCGAUUAUUUUUCACUACUUAGUGCCAAAACUUACAGUCCAAUAUAUAGGCUUCCCCAUGGUUUUAUUGCUAAUAUGCAAUACGAUGAUGCUGUUGAAAUUUGUGAGCGUGCCGACACCAUCGAUCUCAUUAUGUUGCAAGUGGAUGUCGAAAAUCAGGGCACCUCUUUUCUGUUAUCCGGACGUGUAACGGAUUUGACGACGUCAUGGUCCCCUGCAUCCAGAAUCCAUUUCGUCCACCUCACAAUUGAGGACGAUUUCAUUGGUGUUGACAUCGUCUUCCCGUCAUCACAGUUACGAACGAUUGUUGGAUCUGUAUUCAGUCAUGCAGAUGUUGUCAAUUCUGACUAUAUGGCCCUUCUGAACAUGCUUGGAGGACAGACAUUUGAAGUCAUUGUCAUAGUCGGUCCUUGGAACAAUGCAUUUGGUUAUUGUGAACUUGUGUUUGUGAAAUUAUUUUUGCCUUUGUUGAAUUGA